GCAGAGGCAUGUCUUCUCCCGGGUCCUCCAGAUCCAGGGCGCCCUCUUUGCUGCCCAUUCUGGAGCCCCUGGUGCCUCUGACAGAGCUGCAACAGCUGCACAUCCAGACUUGCUGGCUAAAGGCUUUUGACGAGGCGGAAGCGAAUGGCAGGCUCAUCAUCAUCAGGUUCUUCACAGACUACCCUGACAGCAAGCAGUACUUCAAGAAUGUCCCAACGGAAGGCGACCUGCUGAGGGACCCUGAGGUGGGCUCCCACGGCCGGAAGGUCAUGGUGGCUCUGAACCAGCUGGUGGAAAACCUGGACAACCGGAAACAGGGCUGCCGGCUGCUGGAGCGCCUGGUGGAAAACCACAAGAACGUCCACCAAGUGCCGUCAGGGAUGUUCCAGCUUCUGUUUCAGACCAUUCUCUGCGUCUUCGAAGAACUCCUGGCAGAUGAGUUCACCACCGAGAUGAAGCUCUCUUGGGAAAAGUUCUUUGACGCUGUCUUUGCAGAAGUAGAAGCUGCCUACAGUCGCCCCCUUCCGCCCUAGAGAAAGAAGGGG